UCACAUCACUAGCAAAUAUCUGUGUCACUGACUACAGAAGAAAAGAAAAACUUUUUAGCAGGGAAAACUGAAAGAAAGAAAAAAGAAACAUAUUUUUAGUUAAAAAUUCAUUAAAUUACAGAAUUUUUUAAUAAUAAAAAUAGAAAAUAAGUGACAAACAAUAACCCACCAGUGAUUAAAAGUAAAGAAAAAUAAAAACAACAAAAAACUAAAAAGAAAACAAAAUGGUCAAAUUAUUUGCGUUGAGUGUUUUUUACAAGGGUUCAGCAGAAGCUCGCCUAUUGAAAUCGGCGUAUGAUUUGCAAUCAUUCUCCUUCUUCCAAAGAGGCACCGUACAAGAAUUCAUGACAUUUGCCUCAAAGACCAUAGUCGAACGGACACAACCAGCAAUGCGUCAAUCGGUCAAACAGGAAGCCUAUAUGUGUCAUGUCUAUGUUAGGACCGAUAAUCUAGCUGGUGUUUUAAUAGCUGACCAUGAAUAUCCCCAAAGAGUGGGUCACACUUUAAUAACUAAAAUUUUAGAUGAAUUUGCUGCUAGAAUACCCGCAGAUCUAUGGGAAACAGGGACUGAGAGUACUAUAGACUUUCCGGUAUUACCCACAUUUCUGGCUAAGUAUCAAGAUCCCAAAGAAGCGGAUGCUUUAACAAAAAUGCAAAAUGAUUUAGAUGAAACAAAGAUUAUACUGAAGAACACCAUCGAAGCGGUGCUAGAGAGAGGAGAAAAAAUAGAUGAUAUGGUUAUAAAAUCGGAAAAUCUGUCAAUACAAAGUAAAGCCUUUUAUAAGACGGCCAAGAAGACAAAUUCUUGUUGUAGCUUUAGUUAAGCGCAUAAAAGCUUUUUACGAACGAAGAUAAGAUGAUAUUUUGAAAGAUGCUGUAGAGAAGAUGAUAAUGAAAUUGAUGUUUGUGGUAAAAAAAAAAUAAGGUCUUAAAGGUUAAAAUUGCUUUUUUUUUAUUUGUUAAUGUUAAGAUUUCAAAACGAAAUGCUUAGAAAGAAUAUUAGCUAUUUAAUGGAUAAAGGAAUUUAUACUUUGUUUACAAAGAAAAAUUAAAGCAAAAUUAUUAACUAACUGAAAACUGUUUGAAACUAAUUUGAAUUUUAAGAAUUUUUUAUUUUAGAAAAAAUAUUUUCUAUUAAUUUGUAACUUUUUCUAUAGAAAAUUAAUCUGCAAUGAACUUUUUUCUAUAGGAAUAGAAUUUUCUGUAGAAACCAGAUUUGCAAUAGAGUUUUCUAUAGAAAACUGAUAUGUAAUGAAGUUUUCUAUGAAAAAAAACUGAUAUGCACUAAAGUUUUCUAUAGAAAACAGAUCUACAAUAAAGUUUUCUAUAGAAAACUGAUUUGCUAUAAAGUUUUCAUUAGAAAACUAAUUUGCAAUAAAAUGUUUUAUAUAAAACUGAAGAUCUGCUAUAAAAUUUUCCAUAGGAAACUGAAUUGGAAUAAAGUUUUAUAUAGAAAAUUGAUCUGCAAUAAAGUUUUCUAUAGACAACUGAUCAGUAUUGAAGUUUUCUUAAGAAAACUGAUCUGCAUUGAAGUUUUUGUAUAGAAAACUUAUCUGCAUAAAGUUUUGUUUUAAAAACUAAUUGAUAUGUUAAUGAACUUUACAUUUUAAAACUAAAAUAGAAAAUUCUUUUAAAAACUUCAAAUUAUCUCCAAACAGUUUUAGUUUUCUUCCCAUUUUUUUAGUGAAAAUUGUUUCAAAAAUAAUUUCUUUAUAAACUAUUUAUUUAUUUAACUGUUAAAGACACUUAUUAAUAAUACAAUUAAAAGAAAUGUUUUAUUUUUAAAUAAUCCGCUUACAAUAUGUGUUUUUUUGUUUAAUAAUACGCUAAGUUUGUGUAAUUUUAUAUGUAUUUAUGUCGAGUUUAUUUUGGUUGUUCCAAUAAACAAAAAAGUAUAUAUCAUUCCACUACCCAAUCCAUAUGAAAACACAAAAUACUCAAAUUAUUAUAAAUAUUAAUCCCCUUAACAUGCAAAUAAAUGUUUCAUUGUAUAUAAAAACUAUUAUAUUGACAAAACAUAAGUGACAUAAUAACUAUUAAACAAAUAUCUGACUGCCUAUUUAAAGGAAGUUUUAAUAAUAUUUUUAAUAAAAGAAAACUACACACAAUUUACCUAUUAAAAGGAAAAAAAUAACAAAAAACGCAUGCUAAACAUUAAACACUAUUUUAAACUUCAUAUUUGUGUCUUUAUAUUUAAAUAUAUACAUUUUACUAAAAAAAAAA